AUGAAGACAAUUAGUGGGUUAGGGAUUGGUUUGAGUUUGGUGUUUGGGUUUCUUCUCUUAGCACUUAUCGCAGAAGUCUAUUACCUUCUGAGAUGGAAGAAGCACAAGAAGAGAAUCACAAGCCAAGAGAGCGAAGAAGAGAAAGAAGAAGAACAACAAAUCGGCUACGCUAAGGAGCUUGUCCAGCUCUUCUGCUUCAAAAAGCCUCAACCUUUACAGUCCAACAAUGGCGGAGGAGGAGAAGGAGAAAUCCCCAUGAAUCCAGACGAGAAUCAGGAUUUAGAGCUUGGGUUGAUGAAGCAUUUGGGUGGAGGAGAUCUAGGGUUCGAAGCAGAGCUCAUGAAGCUUCACAACCAGAGGUUUCUCUUCACAAUCAUGGAAGAGACGAAAGCGGAUUUGGAAUCUGAAGAUGGGAAAUCGAGAUUAGGCUCGAGAUCGAGAACGAGAAGCUUGAGUGAUCUUCCGAUUGACUGUAAUACCCCUGGAUUCACUCCACUGGCGUCUCCUGCUGCACUAAAGUCGUCGCCUUUGGAGUCUUACUCACACCACGGAUUCAAUCCUCUGUUCGAAUCAGACGGCGAGCUUGAGUUUAACAAGUUUUCCAGGUCGUCUUCUUCUUCGCCUCCGCCGAAAUUCAAGUUCUUGAGAGACGCUGAGGAGAAGCUGAGGAGGAGACUGAUUGAAGAAGCCAAGAGGAGAGAGUUGAAACCGGACCUUUCGGUUGUGUCAGAAGGUUCGUUUCUGAAGUUCAUGAGUCCUGCGAUGAACAGAGAGAAGAAACAGAGUGUUGAAGAAUCUGAUGAAACAGUGACGUUUUCUCAAUCUUCUUCGUCAGGUACAAAAUCUUUAGAAACGUUAGACCAGAAAUCCACACUGGUUGUUUAG